AUGAGUAACGUUCAACGUGUGGAUGAUAUUAUAGAACCUUCAAUAGAUAUUGAUCAAAUUCCACCUACCACGGAACUUGUUGACUGCAACGAUUGUACACAAGAUUGUUAUGACCAUCCAAGUUAUCCUAGUUAUUUGGAUAUUGAUACCGAGACAGAACUAUUGGGAUCUAUGAAACCAUACGGACGUCACGUUAUGAUCGCUACAGGGGUAACAGAUUGGGCUGAAAAGAUUGAAGAAGACACAGCGACAUUAGCAGCUCAAUUACAUAAAGUCAUCAAUUGCUGA